AGGCCAAAACUGAAAAACAUGGCUACUCAGCUGCGAUCCCGCCACCGCCUCAAGCUCCCUUCCACCGUCGCUCGUUCUCUUUCAACCACCCCUACCACCACCGACUCCACCCUCGCCCAUCCUUUCCAGGACCACAUCUCCUCCGUGGAAUCCAAGGACCAACUCCUCAAAUCCUACACCGUCACACCCCCAAUCACUCCCUGGCCCCAACGCCUCUCCCCGAAACGCCUCGUCUCCAUGAUCACCUGCCAACAAAACCUCGACCUCGCCCUCCAAAUCUUCCACCACGCCGGUAACUACCACCCUAACUUCCGCCACAACCACGACACCUACCUCGCCAUCAUCCACAAGCUCGCCCGCGCCCGCGCCUUCCACCCCAUGGAGACCCUCCUCACCCAAUUGCGCCAACAACAAUCCAAUAACAAUAACAACAUCAAAUGCGGCGAAAACAUCUUCAUUUCCGUCAUUCGAAACUACGGCGUUUCAAGCCGCCCCACACAUGCCCUCCGCACCUUCCUCCGGAUUAAGGAUUUCGGCCUCCAACCAUCUGUAAGGUCCCUCAACACUCUCUUGAACGCUUUGGUUCAGAACAACCAGUUCGAGCUAGUGCACGCUCUCUUCAAGAAUUGCCGGAAAAAGUUUGAUAUCAUUCCGAAUGUGUUUACCGUCAAUAUUUUGGUUAAGGCAUUGUGUAAGAAGAAUGAUGUCGAGAGUGCGAUUAGGGUUUUGGAUGAGAUGCCCGGUAUGGGAAUGAUACCCAAUGUGGUGACUUACACGACUGUGUUGGGUGGGUAUGUGUCCAUGGGUGACAUGGUUGGUGCGAAGAAGGUGUUCGAUGAAAUUCUCGAUAGAGGGUGGGUUCCUGAUGCGACCACGUACACGAUUUUGAUGGACGGUUUUUGUAAGGGAGGGCGGUUUAUGGAUGCUGUGAAGGUGAUGGACGAAAUGGAGGAGAAUGGCGUCGAGCCGAAUGACGUUACUUAUGGAGUUAUGAUAGAAGCUUAUUGUAAAGAAAAGAAGUCCGGGGAAGUGCUUAAUUUGCUUGGCGACAUGCUAAAGAAGAAAUAUGUACCGAAUUCUGCUCUUUGUUGUAGGGUGAUUGAUGUUCUCUGCGAGGAAGGCAAAGUUGAGGAGGCGGGUGAUUUGUGGAAGAAGCUCUUGAAGAAUAAUUGUAUGCCGGAUAAUGUCUUAUCUAGCACUCUUAUACAUUGGCUUUGUAAGAAGGGGAAAAUUUGGGAAGCGAGGAAGUUAUUUGACGAGUUUGAGAGCGGUUCAAUUCCUAGUGUCUUAAUGUACAACACGCUCAUUGCGGGAAUGUGUGAUGGGGGAGAGUUACAAGAAGCAGGGAAGUUGUGGGAUGACAUGAUGGAGAAGGGAUGUGUUCCUAAUGCUUUUACAUAUAACAUGCUAAUUAAGGGAUUUUGUAAAGUUGGUAAUCCGAGGGAAGGAAUUAGAAUUUUAGAGGAGAUGUUGGAGAAAUCGUGUUCGCCGAACAAAUUGACCUACUCGAUCUUGAUUGAGGGCCUUCGUGACUCUGGAACGGAAGCCGAUGUUACCAAGGUGCUUUCCAUGGCCACCUCAAGUGGUGAAAUUGAUAUUGAUGCUUGGGGUGCUUCUAUACGCAGGGUUUCUGGCAAUCCAGAUAGCAAGGGAAGCAUUCUUGAAAAAAUACUGCCACAGGCUGCUACUUAGAGAUCAUUUUAUUGUCCAACUCACACUUGUGUGCCUUCAAUCAUAAGAACGUCAAAGAUCAUAGAGCUUCCUUUUCUGCUUCACUUUGGAUUCUGAGCUCUUGGGAAGCUGUGACAUACUCGCUCAACCUGUAGGGGAAACCUAUUGAUUUAGGUGCCUAGUCAGGUUAGUUACAUAUUUACAAUUAUUUAACGAUCAUGGCAUCAAAUUGCAAGUUUUUGAGGAAAGUUACAGGUUUCAUGAGAGCAUGGUACGGAUUGGCGACAAAGCUGUUGCAACUUGCAACAGAGAGAACUUCUUAAGGACUGAAUUGAACUAUGAUUUGGGCUUUGAAAAGUAACCUAUUGGACAGAGUGCUUUCUGUUGCAUAAGCUUUAAUGGAUGAUGAUGAGAAGGGCGGGCUGACAAAUAUGAUAGGCCAACGGGAGGUUGGUAGGCCGUGGUGGUAGCCCGCACAGCACUCACAGAGCCCAGUACAUCACAGGGCCCGACCAAUUCCAGAUUAUAGUCAUAGGUAUGACAGGUACAACGAACCGGCAUAUGAUAACCCCAAAGCCCUGAAUAUGGUAGUUAUUGCGCUGGGUAUUGCCAUCUAAGAGAUUGUUGUAAUGAUUUUUCUCUUCCUUUUCUGCAAAAGCCAUCUUGUGUGCGCAUGCAAGUGUGCUAUCAUUAUUGAUGUCUUUCCUCAUAAGAGUGGGGCGAUGGUGCUCAUUGACACGGUAGUUUGUGGUGGUUUGAAAUAGCUAUGGGUACAUGAUACAUCAUGCAGGGUAGAAGCUAGUUUGAGUUUGUUUAGUAAGAUGUUUUAUAUCGGAGUUCGUGAAUUGCCAGGAUCUGGGAGUAUUGUUAGCAGAUACCUUGGUAGUUCUUUGAACUAAUGUAUAGUGCAUGAGCUUGCAGGUCUUUGAUGCCAUCCUAGUAUAAUAACAGACUGGCUGAUUUUGUAAAAUCUUUCCAAGGUCCUAUGUCAAAAUGCCUCUUUAUAUCCCCCUCUGUUGUC